AUGAGCAAAAACGACCCCGCUAAUAUACGCCUCUAUGAAGUGUUGUAACAUUGAAACCUGUGGAGAUCCCCGUUAGGGGCCCCUGACUGACUUACAUGCGCACCCCGAAAACGGGGAACCGGGUGCGUUGUGUUUUUGACUUGCUUGGGACACGAACAUGUUAGAAUAGUCUUUACUAGUUGUUGAAUUUGCUUCAUUGAAUGAGUUGUAUUGUUGUAUCUUGUAUAAUGGCCGAGCGAGAUUCUCGAAUGCCCGGCCCAUUGCUCCUAGACGCAAAUGCUGCUGAGAACUGGAGGAAAUUUUUCAUGCAAUUUGAGAUCUACCUUGUUGCGAAAGGUAAAGAUGAUGAAGCGGACAAACUGAAGGUAAAUAUGUUGUUACAUUGUGCUGGACCAGAAGCUAUCGAAGAGUACAGUCACUUUGUGUUUACCGAUGAAGAAGACAAAGAUUGCUAUCAAGAUGUUUGUCGCAAAUUCGAGGAAUUAUGCCAGGGUGCUAGAAAUGUAAUUUAUGAGCUACUGGUGUUUAAUCAGCGAAACCAGAAGGAAGGUGAGAGGAUUGACAAUUUCGUCGUGAACUGAAAAGACAGUUGUUAACUUAUGAAUUUGGCGACCUUCGAGAUUCGCUCAUUCGUGAUCGUAUUGUGGGAGGAGUUUUGUCAGACGAAUUGUGAGGUGAACUGCUGAAGAAACCAGAUUUAACGCUGAAAAAACUGUUCAUGAUUAUUGCCGUACAUUCGAGGCAGCCGAACUACAGAAAUACAAGUUUAAUACACCAACAGUUGCGGGUUCCGAACGUUCACUUCACCCUCUCGGGAAAGUUAAGGCUCAAGAAAAGACACCCGCUCGUAACUGUAAAUUUUGUGGCUAGAAGCACCCAUUUACUCAGCCACCUCGCUGCCCAGCUCUUGGAAAGAAAUGCAACAAGUGUAAGAAGGAAGGACACUUUGCACAAGUGUGCAAAGAAUUAAGUGCUGAAGGAUCACAACUUGCAGCUGUGGAACAUGAGCCUCCAAUGAAUCACGAUGUGCACACAUAUUUUGGAUCUGUUGAGCUGGAUAGUGUCUCCGGCACUCGAAAGAAAUCUAGGAGCUUGAUUACUGUCAAAAUUGCUGGGAAAGAUGUACAGAUCAAACCAGAUACUGGUGCAGAAGCCACGGUUAUUCCCUAUGAGCUGUACAAGGAAAUCACAAACAAACCUCUUCAGAAAAUUCAGCAACCUUUGAAGGGGUGGUUUGCGCAUCCAAAGGGCUCUGUGAGGCUGCCGACUCGAUAUGGGAAUCGUGAACUUAACCUGUUGUAUCUUGUUGUUGAUGGAAAUUUUGCGCCAUUGCUGGUGAUGUUGUGAUGCUUGUUUCGACUUAGAAGUCCUUGAGUUUAUGAACCUUGAACCCAGAUAACUACUCCAGAGUCAAGACAACCAGAGCAAGAAAUGCCAAGUUUCUUUCAAACCGAUCCUGUCUUGCAGGACUAUAAAGAUUGUGUUAGUGAUAAACCUGGCAAGCUACAUAACAAAGUACAUUUAGAAGUUGAUCCGUCAGUUCCUCCAGUGGUACAUCCUCCAAGAAAAAUUCCAAUUGCACCUCUUGAACCAGCACGAGAGAAGCUCACAGAGAUGGAAGAAGAUGGGAUUACUGUUAAAGAAGAGGAGCACACCCCUUGGGUUUCAUUUAUGCUAAUGAUUGACAAACGAAAAGUGAAAGAUAUAACACCCCACUCUCGAAGAAUGAUGUUGGAAUUUGUAUUGACCCAAGGGACCUAAACAAAGCUCUUAAGAGACCACACUAUUCAAUAGUUACCGUAGAGGCCGUUGCCAACCGAUUAUCGGGUGCAAAGAGUUUCAUGUCCCUUGAUGCUUGCAGUGGAUACUGGCAGCUAUCAGUGGAUGAUGACAGCUCUAAGUUCUUAACAUUCAAUACCCCCUGGGGUCGAUAUCGAUUUACAAUGCUCCCUUUUGGCAUCUCUUCUGCCCCUGAAAUCUACCAAAGGGAGGUGGACAAAAUCUUUGAAGGGGUUCCUGUAGAGAUUAUAGUGGAUGAUUACCUGAUUCAUGGUAAAGAUCAAACCGACUCUGAUCAGAAGUUGAGAAGAGUACUGGAUAGAAGCAGAGAAGUAGGAUUGAGGUUCAAUCCAAAGAAAGUGAAACUUCGUGUUCCUGAAGUAAGCUAUGUUGGACAUGUGUUCACGGCCGAAGGAUUGAAACCUGACCCUGAUAAAAUCCGCGCGAUCAGUGAGACACCUCCUCCUUCUGACAAAGACGGUGUACUUUGAAGACUAGGAACUGUCAGUAGCCUAGACAAGUUCAUUGAACAUAAAGCCAAUCUACAAGAGCCAAUUUCACAGCUUACCCAGAAAGAUGUUGCAUUUGUGUGGGAGAAACUACAACAAGAGGCUUUUGAUAAGUUAAAGUCUGUCAUCACUAGUGCGCCGGUGUUAGCAUACUUUGAUAACAGCAAAAAGAAACGGUGCUAAGCGUUGAUGCCAGUAGCACAGGCCUUGGUGCAGUGAUCACGCAGGAGGGCAAACCAGUUGCCUUCAGCUCAAAGACAUUGACAACCCCAGAGAAGAUGUAUGCAAAUAUUGAAAGAGAGCUGUUAGCGAUUGUAUGGGGAACGCAGAAGUUUCACACAUGUGUGUACGUGCACAGAGUUAUUGUUGAGACAGACCACAAACCGCUAGAGUCAGUCUUUCGGAAACCAAUGAAUGAGGUCCCUCCCAGGCUGAAGAGGAUGUUGCUGAAUCUCACUAAGUAUGACCUUGUGGUACGUUAUGUCCCCAGAAAACAGCAGGUCAUUUCAGACUGCCUUAACAGCGCACCUCUCAGUGAAACUGAACCGUUCAGUCAACCCGAAGAUGAAAUCGGAGUUAAUCUUGUUGAGGAACUUGAAUUAGAAAGUAGCACCCUGAAGAGAUUCAAGGACAGUGGUGAUGGAGGACGUUUUGAAAGGAUGGCCCUCUGAGAAAGAACAAGUUGGUGAACUUGCCCGGAAAUAUUGGAAUUUCAGAGAAGGGCUGAGUGUGGAGGAUGGCAUGUUAUUUAAAUCAGACAGAAUUGUACUGCCAAGACCAUUGAGAGCUGAAGUGUUAGAUGAAAUUCAUGGAGCUCACAUGGGAGAGAGCAAAAGCCUUUCCUUUGCGAGGGAUUAUGUUUUCUGGCCUUCCAUGACUGCCCAAAUUAAAAACAAAGUCGUUCCUGUACCGUGUGUAAUGCGUUCCGCAACCGACAACAGGGAGAGACAUUACAUCCUCAUGACAUUCCAGGAUUACCUUGGCAAGUUGUUGGGAAUGACCUGUUUGAAUAUGGUGGCCAAACGUACCUGUUAGUCGCUGACUUCUAUUCGAAGUUCUUUGAAAUAGAACUGCUUCGCAAGAACACUGCCAUUUGUGUAUCAACAACUUCAAGAAAAUAUUUGAGAGGUUUGGAAUCCCAGAGAAAGUUGUCAGCGACAACGGACCGCAGUACAGCAACACCAGAAAUUUGUUCAGCAACAACCAUGAGUAAGAAGAAAUUCGCCGAGGACUGGGGAUUUUCCCAUACAACUAGCUCACCAGAGUAUUCUCAAUCAAGUGGCGCAGCGGAAAGAGCUGUACAGACCGCAAGACGCAUUCUUGAGAGGGCUGCCGCAGAGACCCAUUUGAGGGACUGUUAAAGUAUCGCAACACCCCAUUCGAAGAUAUCUGUGUGUCACCUGCCCAGCUGCUGAUGAGUCGACGCACUCAAACAAUGAUUCCAACUAAUCGACGUCUCUUGUUGCCUCAGCCAGUGGAUCGUGCGUCACGUUCUGAAAACACUUCAUCAGCGACAGCAUAAUGCCAAGUCUAAUUAUGACAAGCAGAGUAGAGAUUUGCCUUCACUGGAAGUUGGGGGCAAGCUGCGGUUUCGUCCAAAUGGUGAGAGGGAAUGGCGCAAAGCUGAAAUAAUGCCAAGAUCAUACAUGCUGGAAGAUGAAUAUGGACGUGCUUAAAGGAGAAUUAGAAGACAGAUCCUCUCUGUUCCAAAUGAUUCUCCCAUGACCCCAAAGUCAAGGGCUCCUCUCAUAAGUACCCAGCCUCGUGACUCCCCGGCGAGAACAAGACAGCCACUUGUAUUUGAGAAGCCAGCGCCAAGUCCAGUAACAGUAGAGAGACAGACAGAAACAAUUUCACAGACUGCCAUUUUACAACCAGAUCUGGGCGUAAAGUUGGGAGGCUGCAAAGACUCAUUGAAUUUUGUUAGGGGGGAGAUGUUGUAACAUUGAGACCUGUGGGGAUCCCCCUUAGGGGCCCCUGACUGACUUACAUGCGCACCCCGAAAACGGGGAACCGGGUGCGUUGUGUUUUUGAGUUGCUUGGGACACGAACAUAUUAGAGUAGUCUUUACUAGUUGUUGAAUUUAGCUUCAUUGAAUGAACUUAUAACAUGAGGCAUUUUACAUUAGAAAGUGCAAGCCUACACUCAAUUCCCGAGAGGAAUGUACUGAAUUCGCAGACCUUCUAUUUUAGUAUUUUAUUUUAGAGACCAUUCUUAAGCGCCUUUAGAGGUCCUUUGUCUGGAGACACUCCCACAGGGUGAAAUAAGGUGUUUCCGCAAUUCGGAAAUGUUGCGGAAACCUGAUGGUUCAAAAUUCCUUCACGUUUCCGCAGGACGGAUACGACGGGAAACGUGUAAGCUGAAAAUGGGGGCAUUGUUUCGUGUUUCCGCAGCGCUUCUGUUGACUUAAACGUGCCAGCGCGUUUCCAUUGCGUUUCCGCAAGCGGUUUUGUACUGAAAUUUGCUGGUUUUCAUGAUCAAUCCCUGGUUUCUCAUAUUAUAAAAUUUGUUUUAACUGUACUGAUUACGCUUCAGGCAAGAUGAGGAAUCAUUACGUUAAACUACACGUCGUAAAUACUGGAAAAGUGAUAGAUGAUUUCCUCUGUCUUUCUUUUCUAAGAGAUUCAAAGAUGUGUUAUUAAAAUUAUUAACGCUCCAAACAUUGAAGCGUAAUUUGAAACAAUUUAGAAACAGCAAAAUAAAUUAUAAAUGAUUUUUUAACACGCUUGCACGCAUUUUGCCUCGCUCUGGAGGCGUGAGGAUUAUGAGCAUGCGUGCCUCGCUUUCACGUUGAAUUUUGAAUCGCGCGCCCUUUUGAACAUUCUUCGCUGUCGGUUCGCCUUCCAUUUUGGUAGUUUGUACAUGCAGGGCCGUUUUUUUGUGAAGAUGAGCGAGGAGAGUGUGAUAGAUUGCGGAGAUAGACUGCAGGGAGGAAUAAUAGUUCGAAAAACUAUUUAAAUGAAACGCCAAAUCCCAUGGAAGCGGUGACGAAGGAGUUCAGUGUUCACUCUUGGACCUCUUGGCGACUCGAAUGCACACUGAGUGUUUCAACAAUCAUUGAGAAGAAAGAACGCCUAUUUUAAACCGUGGAUCCUUGUUGUUACAAUUCCGUCUGCGGAUAUUCAAGUUUCCGUGAGGUAACCGUUACAAAAACGGAAACGGAAACACCUUUUUUCAACCUGUGUCCAUCAUUAGAGCUUUGUACUCUAUUGACAGUUUAUUUCUAUAGCUUUCAUACAUACGUCACAUCUUUAACACAUUUCACCCUGCACUUUCUUUGCAUAUAUAUAGCGCGCGGAAUAUUUUCUCUUCCCUGAUGAUGCCGUUGAUCGGCGAAAGCUUGGAUUUUAGUUUUUGCUUUUUAAACAGCAGUUUAAGGCCUCACAACAGCAAGUGGUAA